AUGGACUUUAAUGGCCCCCAAGAGGCCUAUGAGGAUUUAUUAAGAACUAGUAACCUAGCCCCAGAGUAAUUUAGAUAAGAUCUGUUGAGCCUGUUAAAAAGGACUUUGCUAGUGACAUAGUAUUUUUAAAGUGUGGAAUUCCAAAACUCUAGAAGGGCUAAGCGAAAUUGUAUAAGGAAGAAAUGAAACCAAAAGAAGUAUCACUUGAACAGGUCGAUGUAGCUUAUAUUUAACUAUAUGCCUUUUUAUUUGGCUCUCUGGGAAUAAAUGAUAUUGUCUCCAGUUAUAAAGAAAUUGCAAAAUUCUUCGGUUACAAAUCUGAUCCUUAAUUUCUUAUUUGUAGAAUUGCUUAAACUGAUUAUAAUCUGAUUUAAUGUGUAGGAGACAUGUUUGGAAAUGAGUUUUUAAAAAGGCUUAAACAAAUUAUUCCAAACAAUCUUCUUCGAUUAGUCAUUUUACCAAGUGAAUGAUCUUCGAGAACUUUUGAAAAAGUUUAGUUAUGACAGCAGCUGGGAUUUAUAAAAUAUUAUUUUGGGUUCUUGUGAAUUAAAUUAAGAUAAUGAAUAAUUGUAAUUAAAAAGAUCGCCUUAACCUGUUUAAUAUGAACCAAUUUUUGCUUCAUUGGUAUUAGAACUAAAAGAAUAAAUAACAGAAAAAUUGAAAACCUAAAAUGACAAAUAAUCUGAGUUAUUUGGAGCUGCUCUAGCUUAUGAACUAUCCCAAAUAAACGAACACAAAUCAACAUUAACAUAUAAGAGGUUAGCCAUUCUUAAAGCCAUUGUUUUAGACCAAGAAUAAUAAGUACUUCAAAAUAUUAUUGAAUAAAUACAAGGUUAACAGGAGUUGGGACUAAUUUAAAAUAUUUCUUAAAUAUUGGAGGAUUAUUCUGUCUACAUUAACUUAGUAAGUUUAUGAAAUAAACAUUUUAAAAACACAAAUAAAACUCUCUAAGAGUAUUUGAGUAGUAUUUUUUCAAUCUGUUUAUAAUUCAUAUAAAAUUUUAAUUUAACUUAAACAUCAAACAGCAUUUAUGAAAUAUUUGCAAGGUAACUUGACGAAACCUUUAGUUUAAAUUCCUCCUAAGUUGAAAAUGAUGCUUAAAGAGCCUGUAAAUCAUAACUAUUGAAGAGAAAGGUCUAGAAUAAAUUUGAAAAUAUGGGAUCAGCACUUAGUAUUCAAAUUACAGAAGUUCCACCUGAAAUGAGUAACGACAAUUGCUCUUUAUGCUAAUUGCAAUUUGAAAAAUAAGAAAUAUAAUAUCAUGCUUUAUUGACUUCUUAUACAAAUAUUAAUAAACAUAUUAAUGCGAUGCCCUAAAAAUACCAACAAACUAAUAAACAGACAUUCUCUAGCUUAUUAUUUUAAUUGCUGAGUGAUUUAAACAAAUUUAAAUUGAAAAACACCCAUUUAUUAUUAUAAGAUGUCUUAGCUCUAUUAAGAAUACUGUUUUAAAGCAAUUAAACUACAGUUUUAGAAGAAGUAGUUCAAAAUGAUUAAUAGACCCUUUUUAGAAUCUUAAAUUUAAUAUUACAAUUUAUGAUAAAGUAAAAUAACAUUAAUGAUUUAAAAUCAGGAUUGUGUUUAAUAUUUAAUAAUAACAUUAAUCAAUCUGCGAUAAUUCAAGCUUUAACCGAAAACCUAAUCAUUUCAUAAAUUGAAUAAAAGUCACUGCCAUAUUAUCUAGAUAGAAUAAGUAAGGACUUAAAAUAGCAUUAUAUAAACAAAUUUCUUUUGAACUUCAAAGAAUUGUUAUUAAGGUAUUAUCUUCACCUUACCAAAAACAAAAAUGUAAAUUUUGCCAUUGUAGAGAAUGGAGAAUUAGGAGCAGAUCAAUACCUUUGUUUGAUUUGUCUUAAGAAGAUGUGUACUCAUUAUUGUGGAAGACCAUAAAAUGUAAAUAUUUAGUCUUAAUUUAGACAUAAUUUGGAAAUUUGUCCAGACAUUGUUAGAAAAGACAUUCAGGUAAAACCUUGUAUCUUAACUUAAAAACAGUUAAAUUAUCAUCAUGCAAUCGCCAUACAUCACACUUCACGUUUACCCCUUACAUUAAAAUUUAAUAGGAGAAUUACUGUACAUAGGGUAUUAUCCAUCAAUUCAUUAGAAAAAUUUCAUGUUAAAUCUUAAAGCCAUAGAUUAGAUUAUAGAAAUUAUCCUUACAGAUAAAUUUUUUCAUAAAUUAUUUUAAAAUCUCAAUAAAGUGUAAAGAACCAUAUUGUGAAUUUAUUAAAUGCAUUCAUAAAAAUGUAUAUAUUUCAUAAUUUCAGUUUUACUUUUGUACAAGAAACAUUCAAGCAAUCUUUUAGGGUUUUUUAUCCCUAAGUAUUGUAUUCGUAUAUUUUCAAUAGUUGGUUUUACUUUGACUCCCUGCACUAAGGCUGAUUGA